AUCGCUUUACCGAGUACCACGUGAGACGCGUAAACCGUAGAAAUUGAUAUCGCUUUUUGCUUGUUAAGGCGAUGCAACCGUUGAAUACUUUACCAAUCGAACCUAAAAACAACCAGUGUACAAUGUUGCGAUAUUCGGCGACAAGACGGAACAUUUCAUUAGACGUCAUAAAAGAAACGCGAUACACAUCCAUCACGAUGAUGCAUGUCUCGCUCAUGCAACAACUUCCGAUGCAAGUUCCACUGGUGCAUCAACUUCCAAUAAUUCCGAUGCCACAGGUGUCGCACUUCUUUUAUCCGUACAACCCUAGCUUGGAAGACGAAAUGAAGAGAUUGUUUCAUUUCAAGGUCGAUGUACCAACCUCUACGCCAGUCCAAAAUGUGGAGGCUGUGAUGGAAGAAUUUCGUCACAAUGGACGAGAUUUUGAAUAUUGUCCGGAUGGGGACAAUGCAGUAUCAGAGAUAACACCGCGUCGCAAGAAAAAUAAGAAACCCGUGGCUACAGAAUGCGUUUUCUGUAAAAACAAUGGCGAAAUGGAGUCUUACUACCGACAGCACACGUUGAAAUACGAGGACGGUCGCGUAUCGUGUCCAGUUUUAAGGGCCUACAAGUGUCCAAUUUGUGGUACGUGUGGCGAUGAUGCCCACACCAUCAAGUACUGUCCCAAGAGGCCGAAGGGCCUAAUCGACACGUACCAAACGGUGAACACCUUCAAGUUUCUUAAAAACUCGAUUGGCAAACGACGUUCAAAGUAAGAACACGCGUGGGCCUCUCGUGUGUGACGAGAAGCACCCAGGUGCCAUUAGAAACUCUGCUUUUUCUCAAAGUCCUCGAAAUGCAGAUCCUUAGAGAAUAUUCGACUUCGAGCCUCCUUGCGUCAUCGGCUGGCAGGUAAACCUGUUCGAUGUGAACGAACCAAAGAUAAUAAUCGUGCCAGGAAUAAACGUAUUCCUAACAGUUCGUGCAAUUAAGUAAAAUUAGUUUUCAAAACUAGACACAGGAUAGAUCGAUCGAUCCCUUACUAUUCGUAGUAAGCGUUCAGAUUCAACAUCUUGAAAGACGAAUUGUUGAGAGAAUCUCAAAUAGAGGCUGUAUCCAAAGAUCUUUGCUUAGAUUCGUAAGUUAAUUAUUUAUAUCGAGUGUGCCAUAUAAUAGUCUCGUUUGUUCCUGAACAAACUCAUCAUCGUUACGAAGAGAAAUCGUUUCGUAGACCGCCAGUGCCUUGAGAAAAGAAAAAUGUUUAACCCAGCAUUUGAUAAUUCAAAGAUCUGAUUUUUUAAACAAAAUUCGUUUAUGUACAUUUACAUCCAUUGACCUUAGUAUAACUUACUUGAAUGUUACCCAAUAAUUCGUGAAAAUCUUUACAUUUCUUAAAGUAUUUUCUUUUUGGAAAGAUUUUUUUUCUUUUAAUGUCUACGAGUACUGUGAUAAUGCGAAUAAAGACUAUCCAUUUUUUAUACAACAGCCAUAGAUUUGUCGUUCGUGCAACUAAACUUUUUCGAGGAGAAGAGCGACGAACGUCCGGUCCCUCGAUUUGAGACAGUAAAAUCACGUUUUUUGAUUUUAAGUUUUACACAAAGAACGUUUUUGAAAAUUCGUUCGAACUAUGUUCCGUGUUCUUGUCGUUCAUUGAUCCGUAAGAGGGGUUAAUUUUUUUUUUUUUUUCCUUUCAUCGAACUGUUCCAGUGAGUUACACUUGAUUAAGUUAAAAAUUGUAUUCUUACGGUAGACGAUAAUGCCAUUGAACUUUGAAAAUGACGUUUAUAGAAAACGCGGUUCCCUGCUUUAUUUGUGGUUUGCUAAAAUUUCUUUUGUUACCUUGCAAGAUUUACGGACGGAAAAGGUUCUUUCAAUUGUGUCUUAAACGGACGACGAAUGACCAACGAGAUGAAAUUCCUUUUAAAAUUGCUACUCUUAACCCUUUGUAGGGUUCAAAGUGGGUCUUCUAUAUCCAAGCCUAAUUUUUCACUGUUUUAAACUUUCAAAAAUCUAGAAAAAUUCUAUUUCUUAAGAAAAAAUAAAAUUUCGCUUGUGCCUUCGACGACCCCAAUUUUCUAUUAUAGAGGGUUCACUUUAUACAAGUUUGCAGCUUUUUCCUUCAAUUUUUUUUUUUUUUUUUUUUUAAUUAUUUCGACUCGGUGCUGCUUGUAUUCGAGCAAUAAUUAUGAAACAAAUUUAACAUCAAUUCGAAGGCAACAUUUUAUGGAAUUGUGAACGGGUGAAACCUCUCUUGUUCCUGCGUAUUCGACCAUGAGUUUUAUCGAAGGUUAUCGCAACAAUGAUACAACAUAUACAUACUACAUCCCUGUGCCCUUUUUUUUUUUUGUUCGUUACUUCGAUGACUGAUGGCCGAAUCGUUGCUCUUUCCAGGCAGAGGGUUUCUUUGUUCACAGUUGAAAUGUAAUUAACUGUGAUUGCUGAAAUUGAACGAAGAACAGAGCACCGUACAUCGAUUGGCAAAUAAAAGCAUGCAAACGUGUAUUUUUUUUGUUGGUCAUUUUUCAAUUAGUAGUUAGUUCAGCAUCAUUAGUACGUCGUUCGAGAGAAGUGGGUAAAAAAUCUUCAUUAAGAAAUCAUACAUAGUAGACGAACAUAUUUUCUCAGAUUAACUGUAGGGAUAGUACAGUAGGUUUAAGAUGGAACAGUAUUUUCAGAUAAUUUUGUAUUGAAAAGAAUUUGAUAUUGAAGUGAACCGUAGGUAAAGUUCAGUUCGAUUUUCGGUAUUCGUGUAACGUGUUCUAAAGCGUUUACACGUUUAUUAAAAAUAAUCAACCCAAUCUAUAGCAGAAACAGUACUGGUACACGGUGUGUGUUGCUCAAUUAAUGAAUUUGUGUUUUUAUUCAUAACCGAAUUUCAUAUUAUAAAGGGUUAAAUUAUGAGAUAUAACAAACCCACGAAUGUGCGUGUAUUAAUUGUUUGUUCGUACGGCUACGUUCCUAUAUACGUAUAAUAAUUAGUAGUUUCAUAUUAGAAUAUAUAUGUGUGUUGAAUAAGAGUACCACUUUUUGUUUCUUACGCAAAUGUUUCCUUUUCUUUUGUACAGUUCGUUUUUGAAAAUUUCAAUAUUCGUUUAUUAGGGAUUAUAGACUGCUGUUAUUAUAAUAAUUUUUUAUAAAAAUCUUUGUAUCUAGAAUAUUUAUAUACUUGUAUCUAGUAAUCGUAAAUAGUAUUAUUGUUCCAAAGAAACAAUUGAGAAUCUAUAUAUAUACAUAGGAGAAGAAGAAAGAAACAUGUAUUAUGUAAGCAUGAACUGACUGAAAAUUAUAUUUUGCAACAACGUGUAAAUUAUAAGAGGGUGUGUAAUUUUUCACUGGCGAGUGGAAAAUUGUCACAGAAGUAACGAGGCUACAAUUUUUCUUCAGUAAAAAUUCACGUUCGUCUCCACUUUUUUAAAUGGUCCGCUCUAUGCAUUAAAUGAUGGAAACUUGUGCCAAAAAUAUUUUUAAAAAAUCAGUCUCGUUAUUUUUCUGACAAAGAUUGUUGUGUUGUACGGUUGUUUGCAGUGAACUGCUGGCCUCGUAUUAGGCACGCACACACGAUGUAGAUGAUUCACAAUUAAAAGCGAGAUGACGUUACCGUAAUCUGAUGCCAGCACGGUUUACGAUUAACACUGGCAAUUGAUAACGUAAUAAUAGCAGUUACAGAGAGCAGUUAAGGUUAUUAAUUUAAUGUAUUUCAUGCUCAUUCCAUACUUGUUUCACCCCCGAUAUUAUUACUGGCACAACUUUCGGGUUUGCUCCGUAGCAAGAAUUGUACAAAUGUUUCAAUUUCUAACAAGAGAUAAAUAAGAUGCUUCAUCAUAUUAUACUCUACUCCAUACAUCAGUGGCGAAUUAUUGAAUGACAAUAAUUGAACGGCAAAUAUUUUCAGUCUUAUUGUUAGUUGAAAAUUAAUUUUUCAAUUUCAUGAUAUUUUUUUUUUUUUUUUAUUUACUUUAAU